AUGAUCGAUUCGGAAUUCGAGAUGGACAACAACAACAACAUUCCUCCGAACGAAGACGAAGAAGAGGAAGACCUUGUGGUUGCUGGUCUUCUUACUAUGGAAGAAAUUAUGAGCCUUUCUGAAGAGGAUUUAAAAGAAAUGGGACUUUCUCGAGAGGAAUUGCUUGAAUUGGCAGCAACCUCAUGUAAUGAUAUUGGAAAGAAUCAAGAAGGUGGUUCAAUUGUGGAUGAGAAUGAGGCUCAUUCGGAGGAAUAUAAUGAUGACAAUGAUGAUGAACAUGAUUAUGGAUUUACUUCUACAUUUGAAGAAGAGGGGUCUUUGAAUGAUACGGUGGAUGAAUAUGAACUGGAUCAAGAGGAAUUGAUUGAAAUGGACAUUUUUGUCGAUGAGGAAUCUUUCAAAGAAUUCGAACAAGAAGAAUGUGUGGAAACGUCGAUUGAUGACCUUCCAUUUAUGAAUGCCAUAUUGGAAGAGAAUUAUCGAUUAAUGUUUGGAGAGAUUACUUUGGAUGAGGUGAAAUUUGAAGUUUCUUCAGUAACGACAGAUCAAAAACCUCAAAGAACGAACAUUUCAAAAAAGAAUCGUUUGAAAAAGGAACAACGAUUACAACAGUCUAAUAAUGUGACAGUUAAGAUGCGAGAUAUUCCUGAAAUUAAUUUUAUUGAACCAACUCAGUUUUGGCCUCACUAUGAAAAGUUGAUCAAGAAUCGAUUUGGUCAGCUUAAAGUGACAAGUAUUCAAUCAAUUGUUAAACCUUAUUUAUUGCAACGAUUUAAGAAUGCUGUUAUUGGGGAACAAGAACGAUUGAAACGAAACGUCUCAAAUCGAAUUGUAUUAUGUUUUCAUGGAACGCAUCCCUAUAAUAUUCCAAGUAUUAUCGAAAAGGGAUUGCUUGUUCCUGGAAAGGACAAUGAUCUUCAAGUAUUGAAUGGAUCUGCGUAUGGAGUUGGAAUUUAUUUGUCAGUGAUGGAUCCAUCCAUAAGUGUGAAUUAUUGUGCUGGUGGAAAUCAGCUCUUUGCAUGUGCAGUAUUGUUGACGGACACUGUGAAUACGAAAAAUCAUGGAAGUUUUUUAGUGAUCAAAGAAGAAGCUUAUGUCUUGCCAUGUUUUUUGGUCACAUUUGAGAAUCAUUUCAAGUCACCUUUUUCAACAGUUCUUCAAAAAGAGGAAACAAAACAAAGGGUUGUCAAAACUAAGAAGGGAGAGAUGGUAUUUUCAAAAAAGAGAAAAGAAGAGCAACGAGAAAAAUUACGUUUGAAAAAGGAACAAAAGAAGAAGCUAUAA